AUGCGGUUGAGUAUAAAACUUUUUGCUGCUCUUGGAGGGUUUCUCUUUGGUUAUGACACAAGUGUCAUUAACGGAGCCCUCUUUCAGAUUAAGGAUUGGUUUGAAUUUUCAGGACACUCCUGGAAAGCAGGUCUUAUUGUGAGCAUUGCCGUCGCGGGGGCCUUUGUGGGCGCAUUUAUUCCUGGGCUUUUGGCCACACGCUGCGGCCGCCGUGCCUGCAUUGCCAUUGCCGAUGUUUUCUUCAUCGCUGGAUCAAUUAUCAUGGCCGUGGCAAUGAAUGUGGAGAUGUUGUUAGUUGGGCGUGCCGUUGUAGGACUUGGGAUUGGCAUGUCUUCUGUUACAGUCCCUGUGUAUCUGUCAGAAAUCACUUCGGCCAGAGAGCGUGGAGCCACCGUGGUGUUCAAUGGUGUUUCCCUCACUGGGGCGCAAUGUGUCGCCUCCGCGGUAACUGCACUUCUUGUACAGUUUACCUCCACUAACGUUGGGUGGCGUGUGGCUCUCGGUCUAGGUGCAUUGCCGGCAAUAAUUCAACUGGUUGGGCUCUUCAUCUUCCUCCCGGAAAGCCCACGUUGGCUUCUUGUGAAGGGGGAUCGCGAACGAGCGUUGAAGUUGGCAGAGGAGUUUGAGGUGGACAUUUGUGAGGUCACUGACAAUGACAACUCUGAGGCCUUUGCACCCAAUUACCGCGGCAUUUUUGAGAAGGGGAUGCGACGUCGUCUGCUUAUUGGGUGCAUGCUGCACGUCCUACAGCAGAUUUCAGGCAUCAACACCAUCAUGUAUUACAGCUCCGUUAUUUUGUACGAUGCCGGAUUUAGGGAUCCCAAGACUCCAGUUAUCUUCUCUAUCCCACUUGCUGGCAUAAACGCCAUCUCCACCAUGUGCUGCCUUUUUACUGUGGAUCGGUGGGGACGGCGGCGUCUGUUGCAAGUAAGUGCGUACGCCUGCCUUGCUAUCACAAUUUCAAUGACAGCUGUCGGUUUUUGUCUUGGCACUCAAGUAACGUACUCGAUCGGGGGAUGGGUAUUCCUUGCGCUACUGGGCGUGUACCUUGUCUUCUUCGCCCCAGGUCUUGGGGCAAUGCCGUGGGUCGUUAUGGGGGAAAUCUUUCCAAACCGCUUGCGCAUCACGGCGGCAUCCGUGGCAACGAUGUGCAACUGGGGCUCGAACGCCCUUGUGUCGCAGUUAUUCCCUAUCAUGAUGGGCUCUAUUGGGGUGGGAGGCACGUUCAGCGUUAUUUGCGGAUGCAUCGCCUUCGCCGCCGUCUUUAUCCAGUUUUUUGUGGUGGAGACAAAGGGCCUCACGCUGGAGGAAAUUGAGGACUUUUUUGACGGGAAGCGUGCGCAGGAGUCUACAGGUGAAACGGACGCAACGAGUGAAUUUUGCAAUCUUACGGGGAACCGUAUGGUGGGGGAAAAAGUUUCUGAUGCGAGGGAAAGGAACGCCAGUCCAUUUCAUAAUACCGUUGAGUGA